AUGUCUGGAAAACGCAUCAUUCCAGCCGUCCCAGUCAUCCCUGACAUCAGAUCGCGUAAGGCGUCCCCAUUCGCUUCGCCACCUUUUCCAGGCAAUCCUGGUGGCUCUACGCCCGAGUCGGGAAGUACCCAGUACACUGCCGGAGUCGAUCGAAGUGCGGUCGUAUCUGCUGCAGGUUCAGUCCACAGAGAUCACCUCCCCCCGUCCCCAGAUAUCAAUCAGUUGCAUUCUAAGGCUAAAGGAAAGAUGAAGGUUACCUAUCAUGACGAGGCUGGGUCUGGAGGUAAGGACACGGACUUCAGGUUCACACUCGCAGCAGAGAAGGUCGCCGCCGAUGGCAUUCAGUAUGUCCUCGACAACGGCACUCUCUACCUCACCUGUGACACAAGCGCAUUCUUCGACCUCCCCUCUACCAACCCCCAUCACAUUGUUGCCGACCUCGUCGGUCUUAGGAACUUUCCGCGUAAGGUAACGCUGUAUGCUCUGACCGGACCGCGCCUGAACGGGAUCAACAAAGUCCCAAAGUGGCUCGAGGACACACUCGGCCCGAAAAUUUCUUCUAUUGAGCAGAUGACAAUCUGUGUCCUCCGUCCCGGCGAGUGGGUUGGAGAUCGAUGGGCCAUUCCCGAGCUUGACCUCCCCCAUUUCGAACCGCUCGCCGUCUUCAUUCGUGAGCUGACCCAGAUGAUGUCCUUCUACAGGGCUGUCAAAAUCGAUUGGGGUCUCACUACUAUGGACGAGGAGGGACUCAAAGAGGACUACCAUUGCAAAGCCGACAAAACUUUCUUGGAGGCUCACGCACACCUCGAUGACGCUGGCAAGGACGCAUACUCCGAAGUUAUCUCCAGUGAGACGAUGCAGAAGAUUGCGAACGUUGAGUCUACUGUCACCGUCCCAUCGAUGCUCAACCCCCUCGCCCAGCCAUUCCAUCCAUUGCAGCACAUGAAUCCUGCUGCUCCUACCUUCGUCCCGGCUCCCUGGUCCAUCCCCUUGCCUAUCUAUGACUCCACUCUUGUUCCAAUGCAGAUGCAGCAGGUAGAGACAAGCCAGAAUUAUCUACCCCUACUACCAAUCACAAUGACCGGAUAUGGAAAUCCAAACAAAGGAAAGAAAAAGUGGUAUGGCAAGAAAAACAAGGCUAAGUUUGCUUCCUCCGGCCCCGCCUAUGCCCCUACCCAUGGCAGAGGAAUGUGGGAGGAGGCUUCUCUGAUGAGCUGGUGAAUUUCGGGUGUGUCGUGGGAGUAGUUUUGGGGGCAGGGAAGAGGGAGUUUGAGAGUUCAUGGGUUUGGCACCGGCCUGGCUGCCUUGGAAGCAGUGCUUUUUUUCUUCCUUUGCUUCCUGCUCGGGUACAUUUUGGCUUUUUGAAUGGGUUGUAAUGCGUGUGUGAAAAUGCGUGGUAGAUGACCGAUGUUAGGAAAUCUCUUAGUUGGCUUGUUGGGAACAAGAGGGAUGUGCAAG